AUGAACGCGGUGGCCCCACCUGUUGUAAACAUCGAUACAGCGUUUGUGUCAACUCCGAUAAGCGCAGAUGAAACUCCUUCGCCCAUGUUGACGUCUGCCGUGACGCGGUCGUGGUCUCACGUUGAUAGAUGGAUGCUUUUUGCCACUUUAGGUGCCACGUCCUUUGCGUACUCCUUCUUUGGACAUCCACUUUUUCUCGCCGUUACUCGGCAGCAAUAUAGUACAGGGCGUUUGACAGUGCGGCAGGUAUUGCAGGAGAUGUACGCACAUUAUGGUGUCAGGGGGUUAUUUCAUGGAGCUGGAAUGGUGAUUUCCGGUACUGUUAUUAGUGAACUCGUAUAUUAUCUUAUUGUUGAAUAUGGAAAAGAACACUUUCCAUUUCGUACAUCAGAGCAGCGUAGUCUUGUAGGGGGGUUUGCGGCGGAUGUUGUUUCUGGACCUCUUUAUAAUCCUUUUGCUGUGAUAUCACAGGUUCAAAUGGUAGCUGGCAAUCGGCCUGGAGAACCCUGCUAUAGGAGUGCAUACCAAACAACGAGAAGUAUUAUUGCAGAGCAGGGAUGGAGAGCACUAUUUCGCGGUACAUUAUUAACUUUGAUGGUCUCUCCUAUUACAGGAGCCUGGUGGUUAGUUUAUGAAUUCUUGAAACAACGGGCAUAUAAUAUUCUUGAAUGUGCCUCAAUGAAAUCAAGUCUUACUGUUCCAUUUGGACUACGGCAUAGACUUCCUUCUGGAUGCACUUCUACUACAGACAAUGUCAUUGUUAACAGUGCUGUAGGAGGAGUUUCUAGUAUGGUGAUUGGUGUAAUUAUGAAUCCUUUAUAUGUUUUGCGUCUUCGACUGCAAGUAAAUAAGGAUGUAGGAGACAGACUUUUUCCUGUAAUUUGGGUAAUGACAAAUAUUUUCCGUCGGGAAGGUUUGCGGGCCUUUUUUAAAGGUAUUCAUGCAAACCUUUUCAUGGGGGCAAUAGGCGGUUGCGCGUUUGGUAUGACAUAUGAGGGAGCGAAAAAGUUCUCUGACAUCACAGAAAGAAGUUCUACGCCUGUUGAUGCAUUAAGUAUGAUAUCAAGUUAG